UGAUGAGAUUUUUAGUUCCUACAUCCUGACGUUUCGCUUGCUCAACGACGUUAAACCUGAUUCACACUGGUUUCACUAUAAAUACUCCAAUUAAACAUCAAAUCAUGGCUGUGAACACAGGCACCUCUCUAGUGCUGUCCAGUCUGCUGUCAGUGCUGGUAUUUGCUGGGAUGCAGAUGUUCAGUAAGCAGCUGGGAUCUACUGAGUGGCUCACCAUCCUGGGAGGUUUCUUGGGCUCAGUCCUUUUCAUCUGCUCUCUCACUGCAUUUAAUAAUUUGGAAAACCUCUUUUUUGGGAAGGGAUUCCAAGCCAAGAUAUUCCCAGAGAUUCUGCUGUGCCUGUGUCUGUCACUGUUUGCCUCUGGUCUGGUGCAUCGUGUCUGUGUCACCACAUGCCUCAUAUUCUCACUGUUUGCCCUGUACUACAUCAACAAAAUAUCUGCCGCUCUCUACCAAGCAGCCGUUCCCUCAGUAACACCGGCCAAGGCUGCCAGCAAGGGCAAAAGGAAGAACUGAGGAAUCGAUGAAUCUGUAGGGUCCCACUUGCAUCCAGUUAAUCAGUCACCCAGUUCUGUAUUUUGUCAAAAUCAUUUGUUAAAUACAUGUCCUUUUGUUUGGGUUUCUUUAAGCCUUUUAAAUUUGGUUUGGGGAAUAUUACUUGGAAAGUAAGAUGAACCAUUAUCGUGGCUUAGCUUUUUCUUUUUCUUUUUUUUACAGAAAUCUCCAAUUUGAAUCAUAGAGAAAUGUCCUUGGUAUAUGUAAGGUUGCGGAAAAUAGCUUAACGGCUAUCACAUUCCAUUGUGAACAUUUUCUUUAGCACUCUUUUUAAACUGGUUGUAAAGAGAUUAAAACACCCCAUCAAGUUAUUUGUAUAUUCAUCAGCAUUCAUUUUGUAAUUAAACACUGAAAGACUUUGAA